UUUCGUAAGAAAAAUGAAUAAUCUUGUAAAAAAGAAAUUUAACCGUAAAAAGCUUAAAAAGAUGAUAGAUAAGAAGGAUAAUCGUAAGAAUGUUAUUCCUGCUAUUAACCCAUUUGAUCGUCAUUUUAUUCGCAAAAAAUCUAACGUUUCCAAGUCUAAACAUGUGUCAACCAUUCCAAAAGCUGAAGAGAAAAGAAAGAAAACACUUUUACAAGAAUACAAAAAAAGAAACAACACUAAUAAGUUGAUAGAUUAUAGGAUAGGAGAAAAAGUUGACAUUUCACAAGAUGAAAAAACUUUACAAAGGCUCAUACGUGAAAAACAGAAACAAUCUAAAAAACGAUUAUACAAUUUGAAUGAUGAAGAAUUAACUCAUACUGGUAUUAAACUAUCUGAAAUGAAAUCUUAUAAAAAUGUAACAGACCUGGACAUGGAAAAUGAUGGAGAUCACAACUCUAAAAUUGUAUCAUCAUUACAUUUUGGAGGAUUUGAAAAUAGUAGUAAAGAACUUAAUCAUUUAAACAAAAGUAAACACAAAACAUUUUUGGAAGAGAUGAUAUCAUUUAGCAAAAAAGAGAAACAUGAAAAGCAAAGAGAAAAGGAGAAUAUAGAUACAUUUAGGGAAAAAUUAGACCAGACAUGGAAAGAAUUAAGGAUGUUAAUUAAAUCUGACAGCAAAAUAAAUCAUAUUGAUAGCACUAAAAAUAACCAACUUGAUACUAAAAAAAGUAUUGGCAAAAUUUCAAAUGAUUACUCAUAUGGUGUUGAAUCAUAUGAUCUUAUAUAUCAUGAUUUGCAAUUUCAAUCAUCAAAUAACUCUGAAGUUAUUCAAAGAGAAGAUAAUUCUAAACCAGUUGAUAGCAACAUCAAAAAAACGGUGUCGAAAGAUGAAAAUAAAAAUAGUUAUAAGAAAACUCAAAUACGAACUUAUUCGGCGGAUGCAUUAACAUAUGACGAAUGCCUAAACAUUCAGCCGAAAUUAACUAAUCAAUUUCCCAUAAGUGAUGGGCGUGAAGAACCAUUUAUUUUAGCCUAUGACGAAAGUGGAAAGAUGGUAAAUGAAAACAAAAUAUUCGCCUCAUAUAAGUUCGAGAAUGAAAAUCAAAAUAUCGAGCCCUAUCCUCAAAAUGUAAUAGAUUUUGAUUUUCUGUACCGUUUUGAAGGGAGUAGCCUGUUUGGUAUUUAUAACAAAAACGACCCAUCUGAUAUUAAAUUAAAAUCUUUAAAGCUGAAAGUUUUAGAGAGCUUCGAGCAUUUUUCACUUGUACUCAAUAAAACCUUGUUUAAUGAUAGCAACCCAAUUUUGGAUUGCGAAGAAAGAAAAAACGAACUCUGUCAUGCUUUUAAGAAAUUUAUUUUGAAUGCUUCUACAUUGGAAUCACUUAGAGGGGAAGAUAAGGCUGGCAUGGUUAUAGGCUUGCGAAAUUGCAUAAUUUUUACCAUUAGAUAUUUGGCCGAUCUUAUCAUGGGAGCUAUGCUUAAUGUAGAGUUUAAAUCAGAUAAUGAAGAAUUUAGAAAAUGUGUUAGACUUGUAUCAGAAAAGUCCAUAAGUUUAAUAUACAGAGAAUUCUACCAAACUAUAUUUGCCGUUUACCCUAACCUUGUGAGAGAAAUACUAGAGGAAAUUUCGGAAAGUCUUUUUAAGACUUUCUCUGCUCAAUAUAUAAAUCGCAAAUAUGUCAAACGGCUAUCUAAGGAUAUUAGGAAAUAUAAUAGCGGCAUUAGAGAUGUUAACGAGGAAAAUUUGAAGGACGAUAUUAAGGAUGAGGAAUCAUUGAUUAGAUUAUAUUUACUUGGACCCUCAAUAUUCGCGUGGCUAUUAUAUAGAUUGGUCACCAAUAGUUCUCUCCUCUCACCAAAAUCUAAUCACCCACAAACUCUCAAUUACAUAAUAACGAAUCUUUUGGACAUUUUACUUAAAAUUACAAACACGCAGCUGUCCUUUUAUGCCAAUUCCGCAAUCAAAUAUCCCAAACAAAACUACGUACAAUAUAUUACGAAUCUUUUAGGCUUAUCUUUAUGCAAAAGCCUUAUGUAUAAUUUUAAUCAAGUUGAUAUUCAUAGUGGUAUCACUGAUAAGUCUGACAAUUUCCAUUGCCGGGCAAUGUAUUUUCCAGUGUUAAGCGAAUACCUCUCUGGGUCUCAAAAUUAUUACAUUCGUAGUUUACCUUUCUGUUUGGGCGCAAAAAAUAACGAUACAAAAAUAAAGGACGACUAUAAUGAUAUAUUGUUAUUGGAUAUAUUAUAUAUGCCUUUAUAUGAAAAAACGUUCAAACUUAGUUUGUGUAAUUACUUCAAAAUUUUGCUUAAAUUUGUGAGCUUGUACGAUUAUAAAGAAGUAGAAUUAUCAAAUGCAAUAUCUACAACGAAUUCUGGUCUGCUGAGCAGCUUCCCCGAAAUUAUAAAACCAUUAAUCGAUACUUUGCAAAAUAAGCUAGUGCCUUUACUUGAUGAAGACUAUGAAAUCAAGCAAACUACCGAAAAAAUUAUUGUAAAAUCAUCGGAUAUUUCUCAAAAAAUAUCGCAUAAAAGAUCUUCCCUUCUUUCCAUUUCACCUGAACAUCUGGUACAAUACUUUAAUCCUCUUCAUAAAACCGAUCCCAUAAAUAAUAAAUGUAAGCCCAAAGUUCCUAACUUAUUAGAACCUCUUAUAAUACCCGCAAAUAAUAAAUUUAAUACUAAAAAGGGAGGUAAAAUGAAAAAUUUAGCCAAGGAGUUGAUAAUGAAUGAUGAGGCUCUUAAGAAACAAGGCUUGAAUAACAACGAAAAAGAUAAAAUUCAUCGCACGAGGGCGAAGCACUUGUUGGAUCAAAGGCAAAUGUUGAAACACGUCUACAAACGAGAUAUGAAAACGGCUAAAAAAGAACUUAGAAAGGACGCAACUUUCCUUUCUAAUCAAAAAUUGAACGAGCAGAUAGAAAGGGAUAUGAUAAGGAAAACAAAGGUCAAAAAAUUGUAUUCAUUCUUAGCUAAUCAAGAAGGAGAAGUUCGUGCUUUGAAAAGGAAAAAGAAAUAAAUAUAAGCCAUGGGAUAUACAUAAUUAACAAUAUUGUAUAACCGUUUUAUUAAAUAAACGCAAUUAUAAAAUACAACAUCACAAUCAUUUGUAUAUACAAGGAAUACAGAUAAAUUAAAUCACAAUUGUUUUAU